AUGAAGGGCGAACCGCUGGUCAUGUACCUUUCAGCAUCAGGAAAAGCAGUAAGAGCAGUUCUGCUCGUAGAUCGACAAGGCAUACAAACGCCGGUGUACUACGUGUCCCAUACCCUGAACGACCCAGAAACAUGGUAUGCCAUAAUGGAGAAGUUGGUCCUCGCAUUGAUUCACGCAUCAAGACGAUUGCGCAGGUACUUCGCCAACCACGUCAUUCAUGUCUUAACGAAUUACAACAUCGGCAACAUCCUCACAAGACCGGAGAUAUUAGGAAGAUUGGCAAAAUGGGCCAUAGAACUGGGAGGCCACAAUGUGGUUUUCAGGCCAAGGCCAGCAAUCAAUGGUCAAGUAUUGGCAGACUUCCUGACAGAGGUACCAGACGACAAAGACAGAGAGUGCAAGGCAAUGGAAAGAGCUGAAAGGCAACAUUCGGAAGAACCAUGGCUACUGUAUACAGAUGGCGCAUCUAAUGAGGAUAGGGUAGGCGUAGGACUUAGGUUGGUAAGUCAAGAAAAACAUGAAUUCACGUACGCCAUUCGGUUAGACUUCAAGAGCACAAAUAAUGAAGCCGAAUAUGAAGCUUUUCUCACUGGUUUGAGGUUAGCAAUCAAGAUGGGAGUCAAACACAUAGAGGCACAUGUGGACUCCACGCUAGUAGCAGGGCAGAUCAAUUGCCAGUACGACGUCAAAGGAGACGUGAUGGCGCUAUACCUAGACCAAGCAAAAACAUUGCUACAAAACUUCAAUUCCUACAAGGUGCACCACAUUAACCGGAGCGAGAAUAAACCAGCAGAUGCACUAAGCAAACUCGCAUCCACCAGCUUCCAGCACAUGGCCAAGGACGUGCGCAUUGAAGUUCUAAGCAACCCAUCAGUACCGCUAAGGCAAGUGAGCGUCAUCCAGCUGGGAACGACAUCUUGGAUGACUCCGAUAAUCAUGUAUCUUCAGUCUGGAAUACUACCCGAAAACAAAGCCGAAGCAAGGAAAAUACAGUACAAGUCCGAGCAUUACCAGAUGGUCGACGGAAUUCUGUACCGGAAAUCAUACCUUGGGCCGUUACUGAGAUGUGUUGAUCCAGAAUAUGCAAACUAUCUGAUCCGCGAAGUACAUGAGGGCAUCUGCGGCAUUCAUGCCGGCCCAAGAAUGGUAGUAGCAAAAGUAAUGAACGUUGGGUAUUACUGGCCCAGAAUGCAUCUAGACGCAGUCAAGGUUUUGAGGAAAUGCAGCGGUUGUCAAAGACCCGCCCUGAAAACGAUGCGCCCAAAAAAAUGA